AUGGAAGUACAGCUGCAUCAUGUAUUCCUGACCUGCAACCCAGUCAUGCUUUUCUACACUAGAGACGUCGACAUCGUCACAGAAUCUGUAAAACGAUGCCAUCUAGCUGGAGCGAAAAUAUCCGAAUUGAUUACAAUCGACACCCAAACAACGCAUGUUAUGAAGAACGCCAAUAUCACUCUGGAAUUCAUAACAAUGCCAGUAAUUCCUUUACUAGGCACCAUAUUCAUGGGAGCGGUCGACUCCAAGCAAGCAGAAGUAGCUAUAAUUGAAGAAGAGGAAUUCUUUGGUCUACGAUGUCCGACAUUGAGAAAAGCCUCUAACAUAUCGGAAUGUUACGUUGAAGACAGAUGCUCAUGCUCACCAUCAGAAACGGAAGCGAAAUGCGAUUGCAGAAAUCUUGACGUCAACACGAAGAUGACUUCAACAGAGAGACAAUCAUGGAAGAGUCCUUCGGAGCCGUACACAGUGCUGUCGGUCGAUCUCACGAUAAGCACAUCAGCGAUCUACCAUACUGAUUCCAUAAUUGACGACGAGAACUGUGACCUAACAUCAACGCCACUUCAAGGAUGUUACAAUUGUCUACGAGGAGCUGAAAUAACAUUUUCAUGUUACUCAAGUCGCCCAAUCAUGAUCGAAAUAGUAUGCCAAGAGAAAGUUUUUUCGGCAACAUGUAAUUCAUCCACGGCUCGAACAACGGCGAAUAUUCACUCAACAGUAUCUAGAUACGAAGAUAACUGUCAAGUGAAGUGCGGACAACAAACACACAACGUCGUCAUAUCAGGAGUAUUAGCGUUUCACGCGCACUGGAGAUCUCCAUCAGAAAAAAGCACCAUCGAGCAUUCCAACUACGUCAACAUGUUCAAUUAUCCUGAUUUGGGACAUUUACUGGAUGUCGCCAUGGAUCACUGGAAAUCAGCAGUGAUGGCUUUCGUAGCAGUCGCAAUAAUCGUGGCUGUGGCAAUCCUAACUGUUCCGAAAUUAAUAGCACGAACACAAGAAGACCUCCUCGACCUGGACAUUUCCGGUGCUGAAGCAGUGCUAGCAACUAUUCAGAAUCGUCCGAUUAAAAAACUACGUCUGAAGCGUAGUUCGAAGCCAUCCUGCGCCCCACCUCAGAAGAGAGCAGUUGUGAAACCAAAAAUCACUCUGCGCCCUCUCCUGGUAUCGCAUGAUGACAAGGAUGUGCUUUCGAACAGAAACGCCCGCGAUAUUUUCUAUGCUAUGAUGGAUUCGGUCCAGACAAUCUUGCAGAAGCAAGAUCGCAUCGAAGACAGGCUUCGACGAAUCGAUGAAAGAACUUCUGCAAUUGAGCGCCUCCUGCAGCAAGACACCCAGAAAAUGACGACACUUCCAGUCGUCGCUCAGUGUCCGGCCGUAGCACCCACACGCUACUGUGAGGUAUGCUAUGUGGCUGGACAUCAGGCUUCCGAAUGCCGAAGCAAGCUGCGCAUGGAAGCAAGCCACGUCGACAACGUCUAUACUAUGAAAGGCAUAUGUAAGAAGUGUCACUGUAUCCAUUGA